UUCUUUCAGUUGGUCUUUUUUUUUUGUUUAUGUUGUUUCUGUUUGGGUUUGAGUUGUUUUUGUGUCAUUAUGAUAUUGAUUUGUUUGUUUAUUUGUUUUGCUCUUUUAAUCGAAGGAAUAUGUGAAGAACAUGCACAAGUUAAAGUGGAAUGCGCUUGCAUUCUGUCAAGUGAACUUGGAGAUUGCCCAAAACAUUCGGGAAGAAGGCGAGAAGCUGUCUCAAGACAGUAUUUCUCUCGAUGACAGUGAAGUUUUUAAUCCAGAGUUUUUGAAUCAAAUUGACGACAUAUGCAAGCGUCAUUUGGAAGCGAAAGAUAGUGCAAACAAAGUUGAUCCUACAAUUGCACUAUUGGUGAAGCGGACUGUGGAUUUGGAGUUCGAAAGAAAUGAAGAUGUUCCUGAUUUGGAUUCUGGUGUUCAUGGAGUUGAAGAGAAAGGAGGAAAUGAUGAAAAAGAAGAAGAGGAGGAUGAGAAGAAGAGGAAUGUUGAUGAUGAUCAGCUUAAAGAUGAUGAUGAUGAUGAUGAUGAUGAUGAUGAUGAUGAUGAUGAUGAUGAUGAUGAUGAUGGUGAUGAUAAGGAUCACCAGAAUUAUAAUGAGACAAAGCAGGAUGAGAUUGAUGAUGAUGAUGAUGCUAGUCUUCAAGGAUAUGAAGAGAAAGGAGGAGAUAAGGAUUUGGAUGCUGGUGUUCAUGGAGAUGGAGAGAAAGGAGGAAGUAAGUUCCUCUUAUUGUAUUGUUUUAAUUUGAUUGUUGGAGUGUUUCAUCUGGUGGAGACAUUGUUUCAGUUUGAGUGGAAUACAUUUGUUUAAAUGAAAAAGUUAAAUAGCUAACUGAAAGAAUAAAAAGACCAACUGAAAAUUGUGAUACUCUAACUGAAAUAAUAUUAAUACCAGCUGAAUAUCAUAUAAAUACCAAAUGAAACUUUUGCUAUUUGUUUUUAUUUCAUCUGGUGGAAAAAUUGUUUCAGUUUGUCAAUGAAUUGAUUCAUUUUUUAUUUUGUGUUUUUCAGUUCUUGUGUAUUUAGAUUUUUUUUUAAUUGUUUUUGUUUUUUAAUGAAGAUGAUGAGAAAGAACCAAAGGAAGAUGAUAAGAAGACUGACAAUGCUGAGGAUGAUGGUGGUCUUCAAGGAGAUAAAGAGAAAGGAGGAAAUAAAGAUUUGGAUGCUGGGGUUCAUGCAGAUGGAGAGAAAGCAGGAAGUAAGUUUCUUUGAUUUUAUAGCUAACUGAAAGAAUACAAAGACCAACUGAAAACUGUGAUACUCUAAAAGAAAUAAUAUCUUAUAAAUACCAACUGAAAUAUUGUUUCAGUUUGUAACAAUAUGAAAACAAACUGAAAAAUAAAUAAGGCUAACUGGAGUACUAUAAAGACUAGCUGAAAAAUAAACAAGUCUAACUGAAGCACUAUAAAGACUAGCUGGACAAUAAACAAGUCUAACUGAAAGAAUAAAAAGACCAACUGAAAACUGUGAUACUCUA